GAAAUUCCGCCUGCGAUCAUCUCCAAAAUAGUGGAACGCCGUCUCGCAACACCAAUUGACUAGCCAAGCCACGAGACAACGCGAGACCAAGAGCUUCAUACCACGUUUCUGAAGCUUUGACGAAUUUAAUUACGUGCCCACGAUCCAAGAUCCAGCUUUGCUCCUGGAGUUGGGAGUGGUGCGCGCACUUCGUCCAAUCCGCUUCGCCUCAAACUCAACUCAACUUCAUCUUCGUCUUCGUCUCCGUCUCCGUCUUUCGCGUCAACUCACGAGCCCAACCCCCGAUGCUUGAACUCGAUGAUCGUGAUGGCGCCUGCUAAUAACCCCUUUGGGGCGCCGUCAGUGCAGCCCGCAACUAAUCCUUUUGCUCCGUCAGUCUUCGGUCAACCUUCUGCGCAGCCUUCUGCCUUCGGAGCACCAUCUCUUUCUGCGCCGACCUCUCAAACAUCAACCCGUCAGUCAUCACCGCUCGCUGUCAACCCCUUCGGCCCGACUCAAGGGCCGUCUCCAGCCUUUGGACAACCUUCGCAGCCUUCCAAACCUCCGAAUGGAACGCACCGCCAACCUUCACCCUUUGGCGCGAAACCUUCCGGCCCAGCAACUACCUUCGGCGCUCCCUCACAACCACCGCAAAAGAUAAAUGCUCCCAACCCAGUCGCGAAUCCCUUCGGGCCCCGAGGCGCGCCAUCUGCAAAUUCAACCACGAUGAUACCGUCGAGCGUAUUUGGCCGGAAGUCACCUGAUCCAGCAAACCCAUUUACUGGGCCUCCGAAGCAAGCGGAGGUACAAGCGCAAGCCUCACCUUUUGGGGGAGGCCAGAAGCCAACAGCUCCAGUCAAUGGCCGCGCAGUUCAUCCCACGACCAUGCCUAGCGCAGACCGAAAGAGGAACGAUGAGCGGUCAGAUUUGUCGCAGCCGAAGCCGGGGAAGCUCAGGGAGGGCCUCACUCCUCAGCCGACAGAGGUGACCAAGAAGCUGAGCCCCUUCGCGGCUGGGUUCGUCGGAAAGCUGCACAACCAGCUGCGAAAAGACGGCCUUACCUCUCCGCAAUGGCCAUCGGAACCCGGCAACCCAAACAAACGGGGGGCUAUGGAUAAGAUGAAAGAAACAUUCAAGAAAUACCGUACCAAGGUCUACGCGUCGCUGAGGAAAGCCGAGCUGAUCGACGAUCCGGACAAACGGAGGAGGCUCGAAGAUGCCCUUCCGUUCAAGGGCGUAUGCGAGGACAUGUGUCCCGAGUAUGAACAGGUCACCCGCAUAUGCGAAUAUGACGUCAAGCAUGAAGAGAAGGAGCCAGCGCCGGACGGACUGACCAUGUGGCCCGCACCGGCCCGGAUGGUGAAGAAGUUUGGGAGAUCAGCCGCCGGACAAGAUGCCCCCUUACCUAUGGAUGUUCGUUCGGUCGAUGCCUUGAGGCGAACAACAGACUACCUGCUCAGCGACCUGCUCAAGAGCGACGCGGAUCUUCCGGCUUUGCACAACUAUCUCUGGGACCGCACUCGGGCGGUCCGCAAGGACUUCACCUUCCAUUCCACCAAAUCGCCCGAGGAGAUGAAAGUCUUGGUCUACUGCUUCGAGACCAUAACGAGAUUCCACGCCACCGCCCUUCACCUGCUCUCCCGAAAGGGAUUCGCGGCGGAGGACUUCGAGCAGAAGCAAGAAAUCGAACAGCUAGGCCGCUCGCUUCUGUCACUCAUCGAGGCCUAUGACGACUGCCGUGACAGGGGGGUCAAGUGCGAGAACGAACCCGAGUUCAGAGCUUACCAUCUCCUACUUAAUACCCACGACCCCUUUAUAGUGCAAAGGAGUCUUGAAUGGGGAACGGAGCACUGGGACAACUCGGAUGAUAUCCAGCUCGUCUUCUCACUCAUCCAUGCCAUGCAGAGCGUCGAAGAACAGCGAGGCCCUCUUCGACCAAUGCUAGGCUCGACUCUCUCCGACAGUUCCUUCACCAACUUCUUCUCCAUUGUGGAGAGCCCCCAGGUGUCGUAUACCAUGGCCUGCUUCGCCGAGAUCCACUUCACCCACGUCCGGCAAUGCAUCCUGAAGAGUCUGGUCAAGGCAUAUUCUCGGCGGAGAGAUUCGCCGAGGGACAUUACAGCCUCUGUGCUGAAUCGCAUGCUCCGAUUCGAUACCGACGAAGAAGCCGUUCACUUCGCCGAACGGCACGGCUUCCAGUUCUCGUCCGAUAAUGCUGACCAGCCAUAUCUGGAGCUGACGUCGAAGCGCAAGCAUGUCCCAUCCCCCCGAGUCCCACAGUCAUACUCGGGGCAACUUGUUGAACGGAAACGCAACAAGCAAUCCUUAUCCUACAUCAUUCACAACACUAUCCACGAAGAAGGGAAGCCCGAACCUGCGAAAGAGGAUCCGGAAAGCCCCGACAGUCUCUUUGUCUCUCAGACUACUGAUCUACCCGGCAAGAAUAUCGAAGUUCAAAAGCAGGGUUCAGCGAUAUCUGCCCCGCAAUCCGCCGCUGCACCUUCGUCUGCUGCCACCAGUAUCACGACAAACGGCUUCCCCUCUUCUAACGGUGCUUUUUCCGGUGCCUUCUCUGGGCCCCCGAAACCUUCUUCCGGUCCUCAGCAGGCUGCCUCGGCCUUUUUCCCUGUACCCACCUCGACCUCGGGACCGGCACCAAGCCAGGCGACUACCACAACAUCUGCAGGCCCGCCCUCAUCUUUCCAACAGCCUAGCCCCUUCGCGCCUCAAAACCAACCUAUGCAGGCACCAGCGGCUGCGACCUCAUCUCCCCCAAAUUCAACCCAGUCUGCCUUUCCGCCGAAGCAGGCUACGCCAGGCGGGUUCUCGUUUCUCAACAAACCGUCUGAGAACUCGCAAUCUCAGGCGGCUUCAUCGGUCUUGCCGGUCCCAGCCAAGACUGGCCCAGCUUCAUCCUUCUUCCCAGGCCUUCCUUCCACCAGUACGAAAGAUAAAGUGCCGAGUCUUACAUUCUCGCCGCCACCCCCAACAGGACAGCAUGACCAGACGAGCCAGGCUCCAGGUGCUCUUCAAGGCGUCAAAUUCCCGACUCCACAGGCGUCUGUACUUCCAUCUGUUUCCAAUAAAUCAGAUGCACCUGCGACCAGCUUCUUUCCACCCACCGCGACUUCCAAGGAAGCAACAGCUGCUCAAGGCACCCAGGCAGGAUUAACCGGCCCAAGUUCCAGCAGUACAACCGGCAUUAAUGAUAGCGCAACCAACGAGAUACAACCACCCCUCCCACUUGGUGGCUCUGUCUUAAGCCAGCCUCCUAUCAGCCAAACAACCGCAGCUGCAGGGGCGAAGAGCUCACAGCCGCCUAACUUCCCUCCUCAAACACAACAACCUAGUCCUGUCGUGCCCGCGGGCGUUGCCAAGCCCUCGCAGGCCUCACUGUCCUCCACUGCAUUGGCGCCAGCACGGCCACAGACCACGCCGAGUGAUCCAAUGGCUGGCCUGACCAAGUGGUAUGUUUCGGGCGAUGGUGGCCUCAUGGAACAAUUCACCGAGACCACCGUCAUGGAUCUACUCCAGGAAACAUUUGUGAAAUGGCAGGAAGAAGAAGCGGAGCGCAAGCGGAAGGAGGAAGACGACAAGUCCUGGGAAGCCGCCAGGAAACAUCAGAUCUACAACCUCCGCGUCAAAUAUUUCUAUCGGUGGCAGAAGAACGCGAGAACACUGGCGCACCGCCGCAUCCUAAGAGAGGGCAGGGCCAAGAUGAAGGCCUACCGGGAGAAAGAACGGGCUGCCGAGAAGGCCCGAAAAGAUCUCGAUCUCAAAGCUCAAGAGGAUGCGCGAAGGAAGGCCAGAGCCGAAGAAGAUAUUGCGAGGUUGCUCAACUGGGACGUGGGCAAGGCGUCUCGGCUGAGCACCGAGGAGCAACUGCUUGCCAGCGGCAUCUUCGCGGGGCUGAAGGACGAACGAGAGACGGUCCGUCGUGUCAUCAAGGAGGUGUCUCUCGCCGAUGCCAAGAAGCAGCAGCAGCCUUCGAGGCGAUCAUCGAUCGCUUCAAGCCAGGAGACCGCAUCGGCCCCCGUCAAGCGGGAAGGAUGGAAGACAAGGUCUCUGCGCGAAAAGUACGGCGCCGAGUCCCGCAUGCGGAGAUCCGAGAGACGGAGCAAUUCGGUCAGCAGCUCCACCAAUGCAGCCUCCGAUUUCAGCCGGUCCCUCCCAGCAGCCAAGAUCACCAAUUUCUCGAGGAAGCGCUACGCCGACGAAUCCUCGGAAGACGAGCCAUCGUCCAAGCGGAAAGCCAAUGGCUUCAAAUCGAAACACUGGGAGCUCCGCGCCCGCGGUCUCGUCCAGAUGCCGGAUGGACAGUGGCUUCCGGAGUCGAUCGCCCUGCCGAUGCAGGAAGGCAAGCGUUUCAAGGGUAUUGGCGACUGCGGGCUCGGCCCGGGCAAGGAGGUCAUGGAUGAGGCCGUGUCUGAUGAGGAACGCAACAACAGCCCGGAAGCUGAUGCCACGCGGUUGAGACUCGAGCGUCUAGCCGCCCGGUUUGGGUUAUCGAAGCCGCGUGCACAUACUACAAGUGGCGCCAUCGUGAAUGGCACAGUCACUCCUGCGGCCAAGCGGAAGCGGCCCGUCGAUGACGAUUACAAUCCUCCGAUCAAUGGUAGUCUGGCAGAUGGGUCAUCACCCCCGAGCGCGAAGAAACUGGCUAUGGACGAGGGGGGAGACGAUACCCAGAGGAUGGUGCAGAGCACGCAGCAGAUGCUGCAGGAACUGAAGGAUACCAUGGAUAAGAUGGACGAGGAUCGGCCGUGGUUCCGCCAGCAGAUUGAACUCAUGGAGAAGCGACAGUCGAUGUGGGACUGAGCACGCGCUCUCAGGAGGAUAGCCACGGGUAUCAAUACAUGAGAGCAAUUGGAGAACAGGAAUGCAUUCAAGGGGAGCCCCCAUGGCAAUCGCGGGCAAGGCGAGCAAUGUGCCGAGAAUGGGGAGGGAGUAUGCAUGGAUUCACUUUGUCGUCGACGGAUUGUCGCGAGCAUAAACUGCUGGGACGGCCCGUACCCACAACGAAACCGAAUGUAGCAUCAGGCGUGGCGUUCCGGAAACUUUUAGGGGUUGUAAAUAGGUGCGCGAGG